CUGAUCGCCCUGUAUGGAAUAUAAGGCCCUUCCUAAGUUUCUCUUUUCUUCUCGUACUGCAACACCAACAUAAAAUAUGCGAUCCACUGGCCUACUACCAUUGGCACUGAUCGCCAGCAUCAGCCUCACAGCUCAUGCUCAAGAAGAAUCUUAUUCACCUUUUUACUGGACGCAAUCGCAAGAAUUUAUGUCAAACUAUGCAUCUACUGGCAAAAUGGAGCAAAAGGGGCGAACUGGUGUGUCGGCUAUGCACGCAGUCUUGUUAAAUGAAAAGAGCAUUGUGAUCAUUGACAAAGCUGAAUGGAACGAAGCCAAAUACGAUUCGGGCCAAAGCGCAUAUUCAGCCCAAUACUUCUUAGACACGGACGAGUAUCGAGUGUUGCCUCUGGAUACCAACUCUUUUUGUUCUGCAGGCGGUUUCUUAAGCAACGGAACGUUAAUCAGCACUGGCGGUGGUGAAUUGACUGGUCGUACCUGGAAAGUAGCUGCUGGAUACAAAUCCAUUCGUCUUUUUGAUCCAUGCCUGGACGAUUCAUGCCAAUGGCGCGAAUAUGAAUUACCAAACACACGCAUGGCCAGUAAUCGGUGGUAUCCAACCGUUGAACAAUUGCCAGAAGGCAAUCUGUUUAUCCUCGGAGGCUCGACAGUGCCUGCAGCCGUCAAUAGGGAUGAAAUCAACGUCCCAUCAUACGAAUUUUGGCCACCACAGGAAGAAGGACCCAUUGAUUUUCCGUUCCUCGUAGAAACUAUGCCAUACAAUCUAUACGCCUUUGUCUUUGUGUUACCCGACGGCAACCUCUUCAUUUUCGCCAACCAACAAUCGAUCAUCUACGAUUAUAAAAAGCAUGAAGUCGUCAAGAAGCUUCCCGAUUUACCUGGUGUCCCACGCUCAUACCCAUUGACGAGUGGCGCUGUCAUGUUACCCCUCGAUCCAGCUAACGAUUACAAGGUUGAAAUUUUGAUCUGCGGUGGAUCCGAAAAGAUGGAUAAGAACUCUGUUGCGGACGAUACGUGCGGCCGCAUCAAUCUCGAUGAUGAGGAUCCACAAUGGGAGAUGGAGACGUUUGUUCAUAAACGAUUAAUGCCGGACGGUGUGUUUUUGCCAGAUGGUACAAUAUUUUGGGUCAAUGGCUGUCAACGUGGGUGGGCAGGAUACAACAACCGUAAUCAUGAUCCCACAUUUGAUCCACUAAUUUACGAUCCCGAUAAACCUGUGAACAAGCGCUGGACUCAAGGCUUGGCCAAUACCGAUAUUGCGCGCAUGUACCAUUCCGUCGCACUGACCCUGCCCGAUGGCCGCGUAUGGAUUGCCGGUUCAAACAACAACAAUCCUAGCAAUGUCACCGCCGAGUACCCAACAGAAUUCCGCGUUGAGUAUUUCUCGCCGCCAUACCUUUUCAAAUCGGCCACUCGACCUUUGAUCUCCCACGUGCCACGGGUUGUCAUUUACAAGGAGUGGUUUGACAUAUUAAUCAAUCUGGGUGAGCUCGCCCAAUCUGGAAGCGACCCUGACAUCAAGGUUGCGCUGUUGCGCCAAGGUUUCAGCACUCAUUCUAUGCAUAUGUCGCAGCGCUAUGUCGUCUUGCGACACACAAUCGCGGAUGAUCUUCAAUCCAUUCGUAUUGAGGCACCACCCACGGCUAAUAUAUUCCCUCCUGGCUCCGGAUAUUUGUUUGUCGUAUGCAACGGUAUUCCUUCAAAAGGAACAGAAAUUUUUAUUGAACACAAUGUCAAUGACCUUAUGAUCUAGUAUCAUAUUAGGCAGUUUGUAGUAGCAGUAAUAGUAGUAGCA